CCCUUUGCCCGGUCUCUCUCUCUCUGCCAACAUUUUCUAAUUCCUCCUCUCUCGACCUUUUGCCGGAAAACUCUAUUCCCAAAAAAUGGCCGAGUGGUCUGAUCUCCCCAGAGAACUCUUAGUACUAAUUGCUAAACGCCUCGACAACCACUUUGAUCUCCUCCGAUUCCGAUCCGUCUGCUCCUCCUGGCGGUGCUCCGUUUCGCCCCGAGCUCCCAGCUUACCUUCACGCUUCCCGAUCAUUCAAAACGACGGUACUACCGAGACGUCCGGCGGUUUCUACCUAUCCAAACGCACCAUCUGCCGCCUGGGAUUACCGGAGCCUCGCCGCCGGGUUCCCUCUGAUGAUUGGCUCAUCAAGGUCGAGGAGAACGUUCCUCAGUCGAUUUGCCUGCUCAACCCCCUUUCUUCCCUCAAAUCGAAAUGCCUCUCCUCAACAUUUCCCAGAACCCUGGACUUGUCUAACAUUCGUAUCUCCGAGUUGGGUCGCGAAUACGUUCUUCAGUACGUUAAUUCUCGUCCAUUUGCUGAUGCCCUAGGCGAUGUUAAUAAUUUGUACAUGGAAAAGGUGGUUUUUGCUUCGAAUCCAGAUGGUACUUUCGCGGUUUUGACAAUUCAUAUCUCUGGAAAGUUGGCUGUGUUCAAGUCUGGGGACGAGAAUUGGUCUGUAAUUGAGGAUUUCCCGUCGCCUUACGACGAUGUGGCGCUCUUCGAUGGGCGAUUCUACGCAGUUGAUGGCAACGGAAGGGCUGUGGUUGUGGAAAUGGAGCCGUCUCCGAGUGUGAAUUUGAUUGCGGGUGCGAUGUUUGGUGGUGACAAGAAAUGUUUGGUUGAGUCGAAUGGCGAAUUGUUGCUGGUCGACGUCUAUCUGAGAAUGGGUUUAGCGGAAGAAGAUUCAGAUGUUGACGAGGGUGACGGUUCUUCUGAGGAAUUACCACGGAUUUUGAGUGAGAGGAUGGGUCGGUUCAAAGUUUACAGGUUGUCACGAAGCGAGCAGAAGUGGGUUGAAGUGAGAAGCUUGGGAGAUCGUAUUUUGUUCUUGGGGGACAAUUGUGCAUUCUCUGCCUCGGCUUCUGAUUUCUAUGGGCGUAAAGGAAAUUGCAUAUAUUUCACUGAUUUAGGGGAUAUAGAAGUAUUUGAUUUGGAUGAAGGUCGCAGGAUAGAUGAUUCCCGAGGUUGCUCUGAACUGUUUUGGCCACCUCCUGCUUGGAUUACUGCAAUGUCAUUGGAUGUUGGGUUGGAUCAAGUGAUGAUUUAAUUUUGCCUCGUGUUUCAUAAGGAAGAAAUGAACUAAAUGACCAUACCAAAUACGUAAGGUGGACAUCCAAAUGGAUAUAUAUAUAUGUUUUACAUCUAGAUAUGCUUUCUUUAACAGCUAUUCUCAUGCUACUCAUCAUUUAAUUCUAAUUUGAAAUUGGUUUGUAUUUGGACUCUGCUGGUAA